AUGUCUGCCAUCCUCAACACCCUGACAAAGGUCGCCAUCCCCAUCGGAGCUGCUGUUUCCUUCUUGCAGUACAGCAUGUACGAUGUCCAGGGAGGACACCGUGCUGUUAUUUUCGACCGUUUGGAGGGAGUCAAGCCUACCCCCGUCGGCGAGGGCACUCACUUCUUGGUCCCCUGGUUGCAGCGCGCGAUCCAGUUUGACGUCCGCACCAAGCCCCGCAACAUCUCUACAACGACUGGAUCGAAGGAUAUGCAGAUGGUCACCUUGACCCUCCGUGUCCUCCACAGACCCGAGGUCAAGAACCUCUCCCAGAUCUACCAGGGACUCGGAUUGGACUAUGACGAGCGUGUCUUGCCCUCGAUCGGAAACGAAGUCUUGAAGUCGAUCGUUGCCCAGUUCGAUGCUGGUGAGCUCAUCACCCAGCGUGAGCUGGUCUCUUCCAAGAUCCGUGAGGACCUUGCUAAGCGCGCAAGAGAGUUCCACAUCGAGCUCGAGGAUGUCUCUAUCACUACCAUGACUUUCGGUCGCGACUUCACCAACGCCGUCGAGCAGAAGCAGAUCGCUCAGCAGGAGGCCGAGCGCGCCAAGUUCAUUGUCGAGAAGGCCGAGCAGGAGAAGAACGCCGUCAUUAUCAGAGCUGAGGGUGAAGCCCACGCUGCCGAGAUUAUUUCCAAUUCCUUGGAGAAGGCUGGUGCUGGUUUGAUUGAGCUCCGUCGUAUUGAGGCUUCGAAGGACAUUGCCGGUACCUUGGCCCAGGCCAAGAACGUCACUUACCUUCCCAACCAGAAGGGCAACAACAUGUUGUUGAACAUCCCUCUGAUCCAACAAUUCUACUCGAGUCAGGAUGCCACGUACCAAAAGUCGGCCCAGGAAUAUUUGCACAAUCUUCAGAAGGAAGGGUUUGCUUGGGAGCUGGCACCUCACCUCUUGUCGACUCAGAGCGAGAACAGCCAAUUCUUUGGUGCGCACACGUACCAGGUCAAGAUUUCUCGGGAUUGGAAAACGAUACCAGAGGAUAGGCUGGAGUGGAUGCGGGAGGAACUCAUUCGGUGGAUUGUGCGCUUUUCGAACGGGCCAGCUUUUAUCAGGACCAAGUUAUGCCUCGCUCUGUCGGCGUAUGCGAUGAAGGCGGUGCCUACACAUUGGUCAAACUUCAUUCCAGGAAUCUAUCAGGAUCUUCGAUCGCGCGUCAACCAGACUGUGGACGGUGUGUUUAUGACACAGCAGGCGAUGGAAUUGGCUCUACUCGAAUUUCUGACGAUCCUACCUGAGGAGCUCGGACGGGUAGAAAUUGAACCAGUGAGAAAGGUUCGGUUGUCGGCUGAGGUGACAAAUGGGCUGCCAAUUAUCAUCUCCUUAAUUCAAGAGAUUCUCGUCGGGAGCAACGUUUCGUCAAAACCAAAGGCUCUUGUCUGCCUCCGGAGCUGGGUACAAUACGGCAUUCCAUUCGAUGUUAUUCAGCCGAUUCUUGGAUUGGCGUUGAACUCGUUGCUGGAUGAUAACACGUUUGACGCUGCUGCAGAGGUGUGGUCAGAAAUCAUGUCAUCCAAGUCGGCCUCAAAACAUCAGAAUACUAUUUGCGAGGGACUUAUUCCAUGCUUUGCAAGUGGAUGGGCAAGAGCAAAGCACCUAGAAUCUGUUCAAGCUGAGAGUGAGGAUAUUAGCAGGAGUCUCUGCCAACUUUUGUCGACGUUCGGAGACAAUUUUUCGGACUGGAUCGCAGCAAAGUUCCUUCGGCCAGACAUUCAAGUGUACUUGGAGAUGAUGAUGGGAUUUGCUGGGUUCCCUGGAUACUAUGCGGAGGAUGAGACCACCAGCGACUUGACCCUCAACUUCUGGUACAUGCUCCAAGAGUCUCUCAGCGAGUUAUCAGCGGAGGAUCUUGAGGACGGUGGUCGCGAGAGCCUGGAUGAGGACCGACAGAUCAUCCUCUCGACCAUUUCUUCUGCAUCAUUCAUCACUGGUCUGGACAAACCUUCACUGCAGGCCAUCAAGGCCGCAUCGAUCCACGUGUACAUUCAGUUGACUGAAGUUCUCAGGAGAAAACUAGAGUAUCCAACACAACGCGAGUGGCUGUCAUGGACGCGGGACAUUCGGCAAGAAUUUUCGGGUCACCGGCAAGAGAUUGCCGACACCCUGAUCAACUCGUACCAUGUCCUUCAUGAGCAAAUCUUGUCGUUGCUUAUCGAUACGUGCUCUCGACAGUUGGAUGGGAUUCAGAAGGCUUCUUUGUCAGGGACCAAUUUGGCGGAGAACGCAGAACUGGAACUGGAGCUUGUGGGAUUGGAGGCAACUCUUUAUUGCUUGAAGGCACUUUCUGAGGUUGUUCCACAUGCCGAGAGUGUACAAAUGCCUCGGUUCUUUAGCGAUCAGAUCUUUGGUCGCCUGCCAACCAAUGUUGUCUGUCGCGCGCGUGAGACUGCAUUGACUUUGAUUGGCUCGUAUGCGGACUGGUUUAAGGUGCACCCACAGUUCUUGUUGCCCGCGCUGAACUUUGUGAUUCCAGCUCUGGAGGUGCCCCAGCUGGCGCCAUAUGCUGCCAAGGCCCUGAAGAACAUUUGUGACACUUGCCGUGAGUCAUUGGUGGAGGCUAUUGACGCAUUUAUGACCGUGUUUGCAAACGUGGAGAAGGCUAUUGACCCAUCGAUCAAGGGAAGCGUUGUGUACUCGAUCGCCACUGUUAUCCAGACUCUUCCCGUGGAGCGAAGCAUCAGCCCCCUUGUGGGCUUACUGGGAGAUAUUUUCACGCGAUCAAACGAGUGUAUGGAGACCAGGAAACAGAGGCUAGAGGGAGGAAAUAGUGAAGCGGCCAGGACCCGGGUGACAGCCGCCAAUGGAGAGACCGAGUUGGAGCCCUUGUCGGCCUUGAUGCUGGUUCAAUUGGAGUUCUUGCUGUCAUGUUGCAAGGGUUUGCAGUCACCUGUUGAAGAUGAGAUUCGGACAGGUGAUGAAAGGGUUCAGUUAUACCAGAGGAUUUCCGAAGAUCGUGCCAGGGUAUUGGCUGCAGGAGGCAUGUCGGUUGAACUUGCACGAUCCAUGGAGCAGGUCAUCCAAGGAGUUGUGAUGUUGUGGCCUCAUGAGCUGGAGAUCAUGGAGAAAUUAUGCCAAAUCGUGAAGACGAUGAUGACAGCAUCACAGUUCUCGCCGCUCUACCUACCAUUCCCAGUAUUGAUUUGCGUGAUCGAAAGUGGAUUCCGUCAGCAUGCUUACCCUUGCUGGUUGGAUGCAGUAGCCAGGAUCGUCUCGGUUUAUUACUUUGAAACCACAGGCGGAUCUCUGGCAUCCAAACUGGGAUCGGAAGGGUCACAAAGCUCUGCCUCGACAUAUCAAGGAUCUGCCGUUGUGGACCUGGAUAUUCUACCGGUAUCGAGCGGAGCUGCCCGACAACGGAGUGCUGCCGAGUUGGAGAACGAAGCAGCGUUCACGCAUCUGUUGGCUUCCGUGGUGAGCCGGACGAUGGACGGCAUGCAGUCUAUGGCAGAUAUGGAGGAGCACCCCGAUGUGAUCCACUCGUUCUUUGCGGUCCUUUCACAGUUUGUACGCCAUGCACCCCUCGCAUUCUACAGCAUCCCACCUGAGCAAACUGAGAACCUAAUGAGCUUUGCCAUUGCAGGAAUGGGCCUCCAAGAGCGCCUCGCCUUGAAAGCUACCCUUCUGUUCUUGAUCGAGUUUGUGAACCAGAGCUUUGAUUUCCCCGAGUUAAAGCAACGAGUCGACGGACUCAUGGCCAGACUCGGGCCCCAAAUGAUGCGCGGCAUCUUGAUUGGUGUCGGUGGCCAGGUUCCGCGAAGCAUGGUGCCACAGUUGAACGACUCGCUGUACCCCUUCAUUGGAAAGUAUCCUCAGGAGUGCCGGAGCUGGAUUCAGGCCUUGCUCGCUGAGCCUGGAUUCCCAUCUGUCCAUGCGGACCAAGCUUCAAAGCAAAAGUUCAUCAAUGGUAUCUUGCAGUAA